AUGCAGAUUGUCCCCGUCAUGCCAAGAGCGUUGGUCACCCGGGCUGGGAUUUCGUUUGAAGACCGAGAGUAUUGGAACUGUGUGAUGCUCGUCUCCGAGGCUGUAGCUGCCCUCGCCUGCAGCCCCGUGUUUGGCUACGUCCUAGAUAGAUCAGGGACACGCCAGGGCCCAUACCUCUUUGGCUUAGGCCUCCUUUUUGCGUCAAUGGCCGUUUUAACACUCGCUCGAUCCGUCAUCUGGUAUAUAAUUGCACGAGUGCUACAGGGUGCAGCCACCGCCAUGGUAGCUGUCGCCGGUCUAGCUAUUGUGACGGAUGCAGUUGACAGGAAUUGCCUCGGGCAUAUGAUAGGAUACAUUGGCACAUCUAUGAAUCUCGGCUUUAUGACGGGCCCAAUGCUUGGCGGGUUGGUAUACCAUUUUGGUGGCUACUACUCAGUCUUUGGCAUGGCGUUUGCAAUAGUCGCUCUUGACUUCUUGUUACGGCUGGCUGUUAUCGAGAAACGAAUCGCCCAAACCUGGCUCACACCGGCCAGUAGCGAGACUGCUUCUGAAGAGGGCUGGGUUGGGUACGCGCCUUAUGGGACUGUCAAUGGAAGUCUCAACAAGGGAGUGACCUCUCAAACAUUCGCCUUUUGGAAGUUGCUACGGCAGCCUCGAAUUCUGAUAACGAUUCUGCGCACACUCCCUUUCUGGGACUACGUUAAUGCCUGGUUAUCCAAGACGCUACCAAUUUUCGUGGAGAAUACUUUCCAUUGGAACACCCUGGGUACUGGCAUGAUUUUUUUGCCUACCGCUAGUGCCGCAAUUUUCCAGCCUUUUUUUGGCUACCUAAGUGAUCGAUUGGGAGCCCGAGUCCUUACAUUUACAAGCUUUGUCCUUCUAGCUCCUUCCCUCAUCUGUCUGCGGCUAGUCGAAGACAAUACCAUGCAACAUAAAGGAAUUCUCUGCGCGAUACUCGUCCUAGUCGGCAUGUGUCUAGAUCUCAGUGAGCCAGCCCUCUUGGUUGAAAUUCAGCGCGUACUAGAUUAUAUGGAAGAGGUACUUCCGGGUAUUUUUGGUGAAACGGGCGCCAUUGCGCAAGGCUUCAGUCUAGUAAAUAUGGCGCAUUUUGGUGGACUGGCUCUUGGGCCUAUGCUAGGGGGGUUUAUCGACCACCGCUACGGAUGGAAAGCCAUGACUUUUGCUCUAGGGACCUUAUCUGCGAUGACUGCUGUGCCAAUGCUCUGGCUUGAUGGAGGGCCACUGGACGAGGAGUCGGCGCGUGAAGACUCGGAGAGAGAGCCACUGUUGGAGUAA